AACAGUUCACCAGCUAUAAAUAAACUCCCCCAUUUACCCUCUAAUCUCCAUUGUCUUCAUCAUUGUCUUUGUUAUUAGUCCUUCAAGCUUCCAAUUUCAGAUAAACUCAAGGUUGAUUGAAAAUGUCGGGUCGUGGAAAGGGAGGAAAAGGAUUGGGAAAGGGAGGAGCGAAGCGUCACCGUAAGGUUCUCCGUGAUAACAUUCAAGGUAUUACUAAGCCUGCUAUUAGGCGUUUGGCUCGUAGAGGAGGAGUGAAGCGUAUUAGUGGGCUGAUCUAUGAGGAGACUCGUGGGGUUUUGAAGAUCUUUUUGGAGAACGUGAUUCGUGACUCUGUUACUUACACUGAGCAUGCUAGGAGGAAGACGGUGACUGCUAUGGAUGUUGUGUAUGCACUCAAGAGACAAGGAAGGACUUUGUAUGGUUUUGGAGGUUGAAUGUGACUUUUGUUUAGUCUGCAAAAGUCUUGCUGUCAAGAAAUUGUUUUGCUUUUUGCUGGGGUUGAUGGGUUCUAUUCUGGUGUAAUUAGUAUGGUUCAUGUAGGGGAUGUGGUUGUAGCUUGUUUUAAUUCAAUGAAUACAAUUCACAGAUUCAGUUUCACAUCUU